AUGCCGGCCCCCCAACUGCAGCAUAUCGCGCAAGAGCUCGUCUAUCUCGUCGAUGGAAUCGCCCACUUUCCCCCCAACACCAAUCGAACCCACGGCGACAGCAGCAACAACACCGUCCAGAACAUACCUGCGUCUCCAGCCCAGGAAGGCUCCCCCACCGACGGCUCGAUCACCAGUGAUUUCCACGGUAGCAGGACCAACACUGCCACCGACCCUCCCAACAACCACGCCGAUACUGGCAGUGUCGACAGCGACCCCCCAGAACAAGUCGGAUCAUCUCCUCCCAGCCCAAAGAUCCCAAGUCCAGCCCCGCCCGCCAUGGUCAACGACACAAUUGACAUCCCAAGCAGGCGCGACGUCACGUCCGCCGAGCUGUGCGCAUCCUUGGGCAUGACGGCGCAAGAUUUCGAGGAGUUCCGGACCAUCACGCGCCAAACGCAUCGUCGAUUUCGUCGGACCUCCUUCUCGACCAUCACCACGCCGUCGUCGCGCAUCAUCGCCGACGCCACCAUCGAUUGGGAUAAGAUCCCGCCGCACCUGCAGCAAGCCAUGACCGAUGAUGUGAUCCGGCGCUGUGGCCGUCGCAGCUUGUUCCCGGCCAUAUGGACCAUGGAGGUCAUCGAGCACGCCGUUGGGCAUCGUCUCUCGAUUCUCCGUCGCCAGUGGCAGUCCACUUGGGACUCCCGCUUCGAUGUUGAGACCAGGCCAUCUGCCUCGACGGGUCAAGGUCAAGGCCCUGGUGAGAAUGGCGACCAGAGCCAGAGCCAGAGCCAGAGCCAGAGCCCGAGAAACCUCUGA